AUGAGCGCAAAUAGAAGAAAGGAUUGGUCAAGAAAGCUUGAUGAUACUCUAUGGGAAUACUACACUGCAUUCAAGACUCCUAUAGGUAUGUCAACUUAUCAACGUGUCUUUGGGAAAUCUUGCCAUCUGCUUGUAGAGUUGGAACACAAAGCUAUGUGGGCGUUGAAGAAAUUGAAUAUGGAUUGGGACACCGCAUCAAAGAAAAGAAUGAAUGAAAUCAAUGAGCUUGGUGAGUUCUGCCUAAAUCGCACAGCCUUGUACAAAGAGCGAAUGAAGAAGUACCAUGACCAAAAGAUUCAAAAGCGAAUAUUUGCAUCUAGAGAGUUAGUCCUUCUUUUCAACUCAAAGAUGCGCUUAUUUCCUGUCAAACUCAAGUCAAAAUGGUUAGGACCACUCCGAGAGAGUCAACGUUUUCCACAUGGUGCAGUCGAGCUAGAAAACAAAGAUGGUAUGGAGUUUAAAGUUAAUGGUCAAAGAAUCAAAGCAUACAUGGACACAGAGGAUGAAAUCAAAAUUGUGGAAGCAUAG